UGACCCAGAGCAGCAUCCGGAAGUGGUCCACCGCUGGUGAAGGAAGAUGGCGGUGAAUCAACAGCUGCACGAACGCUACAAAUUCUUAAACAUGACACAUUGUGCUUUAAUUUCUCUGUAAUGCAGCCGUGCAGGGUAAUGGACAAAGACAGAUUUGCUUCUGCUGCUCCCAGCUCUUGGCUGGAGAUGAAUAACUUUAUUGGUGACCUCAUGGCUUUUAGUGCAUCUGGCUCUGGUCAGCUACUGAAAUGCACUAACAAUCAAUCGCUCCGUGCUGCCUGGGAAAGCGUGGCUUCUGAGACACCAGCACCCAAAUCCUGUUACCCGGCUCAGACUGACCCACACAGCCAGAACCAGCGGAAAAACAUGCCAUCACACAUCGGUUCUCACCCUGGACAGAGGAUCGAGGAGUCUGCAAAUUGUGAUGAGCAACAAGUACGGCCAUAUGCCUGCACAUGCCCAGGCUGUCCUCUGUCCUCAACAUCCACGCCUGCAUCCUCUAUGCAUCCGCUAUGCCUGAAAUCCAGAGACAGUUCUUCCUCUCAGGCUGCCGCAUCAAAAGCAUCCACAUCACAGUCCAAAGAGCCGAGCUCAGUCGCGCUUGGCCUGGGCUCCUGUCUCAGCCUGGCUCUUUCUCUGGAAGAAAGAAACAGCGAGUCAAACGGCUUAUCCAACCCCGAGCACCAGGACAAAGGCACAAACACACAUAGUCCAACAACUGCUUCAAACUCCAACCCCCAGAUCUGCCCACCAGCUCUUCAAGCUUUCCCCUGCUUCUGCUGCCAUCCAUGCCCUCAUCUCCUGCAUCCCCAGCAGUCAUCUGACACCCACUUUGGCCACACUCACUCUCACCACCACUACCACCACCACCACCACUGCCCGCUCACCGCCUGCCUGUUGUGCCAGCGUUCCUUUAACUGUGCACAGCAGGAGGGCCACCCUCGCCAGCACCCGUGCAUGCACUGCUCCGCGUUGUUCAUGCGGCCUUCGCAGUUGCUUCAGCACCAGCGCACCCAGCACUCGAGCAAAGCCGGCGGCUUCCUGUGCCCAGAGUGCGGUCGUGUCUUCAACUCACACAGCAACCUUCGGGUACACCUUAACGUGCACACGGGAGCAAGGCCUUAUACAUGCUCUGACUGUGGCAAGAGCUUCAGCCAGUCAGGUGCACUCAAGAUCCAUCGGCGUGUUCACACGGGCGAGCGGCCGUACACGUGCACCUACUGCGGCAGGGGCUUCCCACACCUGGCUGGUGUCAGGGCGCACCAGCGUAUACACACUGGUGAGAAGCCAUACCAGUGUGCGCAGUGUGGCAAGGGCUUUACACAGUCAGGAGCCCUCAAGGUCCAUAUGCGUGUCCACACAGGCGAGAGGCCAUUUCUCUGUAGCCUGUGCGGAAAGGGCUUCUCGAACCGCUCUGGCGUCCGCUUUCAUCAGCGCACUGCACACGGCAUUAUCACCGAACCCAAUUCCGUAGGGCGGCCAAGCCUGGCCAGCAGUAGCUCAGAUGUCCAGCAAAAGCAGUCUGAUCAGGGAGCAUCUGCCCAAUCCCUGGAGAACAGGCCUCUUCCAAGUAGAAAAAACUCAGAGGAAGAGGAUGUGAGAAGUUCCCUUCCUUACGGCUGUGAGGACUGCGGCAUGCGCUUUCAGGAUGCUCUCUCCAGGAACAGGCACCAGGCACUGCAGCACUACUCCACUGAGGAAGAAGAUCAGAGUGAGAGACAUGGAAAUGCACAAGGAGAACAUGUAGCCAAAAAGACGUUGGUCUAAUAAGAUACAGUAUGUGAAUGCCAUGCUGGAAAAUAGGACUAGUGUCUAGGUCAAGACUAUCAAACUAGGUCAAUGCCCUUACAAAAACCUUUUGUCUAAUUAUUAUGGGAAAAAAAAUUGUGUGCUUCUGUAUGUGGCCUUAAAUUAAUAAAAGUUUUAGCACUUUUAAUUAAAAAUAAAUGACAAAUACAAAAAAAAUUAUUAUUUCAUUACGGGUACUGAGGUCUAUAAGGAGUUUACAAUGUUCUCCAGUGUGUCCAUGUUUCCUCCUCCUCUAACUAAUUAGUGUUCACAGGUCAUGUGCAGAAUGGCAGCUUCACUUGCCAUUAUUAUUAUUAUUAUUAUUAUUAUUAUUAUUAUUAUUAUUAUUAUUAUUAUUAUUAUAGUAGGUCCCAGAGCACAGUGUGGCAGGAUUAGUGCUAGAAUGCUGGGUAUUGUGAAAAGUCAAAGGGAUGCAAUUACGUGGGAAGAGUGAUGAAGUAAAUGUCCAAGGGGAAAAAGCCUGGAAUGGGAAAAGUGGCCCUCGAGUAUGCCAGAAUGGAGCGGAAGGCAGAGAAGGAAAUGCAGCUGGGACAUAGAGAAUGAGAAAUGGACACUUUGAAAUCUUCUUUGGCUAGAAUCUGCUGUGACGGGGACAGUGUGAGCCAUGGCAGGACCUGGAAUCGAGUAAACGAGGUAGAUAAAUCAGAUAAAGCCGAUGACAGUGCCAGAUCCUUAUCCAAUGCUGGGUGUCACUCUGGAUGGAUUCUGGACUUGCUGAUAUUGAUACAGUGAUGGCCCACCACAGGGAGACGGAGCAGGUUAAACAUGUAUGGCAGCGCUGAUGGGAGAUGUGGUGAUGAAUACAAAGCAGGAAUUAAAAAUACGCAUGUGACUGGGGAGUGCUGAAAAAUACAGAAGCGGCUGCCACAGGGGCAGUGACCAGCCCACUCUGAGGACACCAAACAAGGGCAUGGAGUUUUAAAGCACUUAAGCCUAAGACCACUUCUGGGGCUGGACAGGCUGGGAGAGCAGGGCCACAGUGAGCAAAGGGGGUACAUCAGGAACACAGCAAGUUUUAUCUAUCAUGUAUUUUAUCUGUACAUUUUAAGUAAAUUUUUAAACUAUAACUCUUAACUAUUUUGUAUAGUUUACUGCUUUAACAUGGAGCACUUAUAAUAUUAAGACUUUACAUGUGACUAUGCAUGUGUGUACCUUUUGUACAUUUAAAGUGGCAUUCGCUGAAUGGCACAACAGCAAUUUCAUACUAUUUUGGGACACAUACACUCACUGAGCACUUUAUUAGGAACACCUGUGCACCUAGUCAUUCACGCUGUUAUCUAAUCCAAUCGUAUAGCAGCAGUGCAACACAUAACAUCAUGCAGAUACAGCCUCAGCUCCGGGUAAUGUUCACAUCAGCCAUCAGAAUGGGGAAACGUGUGAUCUCAGUGAUUUUGACCUUGGCAUGAUUGGUUGGUGUGAGUAUUUUUUAUAUCUCCUGAGAUUCUCACACACAACAUUCUCUAGAAUUUACUCAGAAUGAUGUAAUAAAGAAGAAACAUCCAGUGUGCAGCAAGUAUGCUGGGAAAGAAACACCUUGUUGAUAAAUGGCAAACUGGUUUGAGUUGACAGAAAGGCUACAGUAAUUCAGAUAGCCACUCUACAAUUGUAUUGAGCAUCUCAGAAUGCACAUAGAGGCAGAUGUGCUACAACAACAACAAGAGUUCAGGUUCCACUUCUGUCAGCCAAGAACAGAAAGCUGAGGCUGCAGUGGACGAAGGCUCACCCAAACUGGACAGUUAAAGACUGGAGGUCUGAUGAAUCCCAUUUUUUGCUGAGGCUCACAGAUGUUAGAGUCAGAAUUUGGCACCAAAAGCAUGAAUUUAUCGACCCAACCUGGCUUGUGUGAACAAUCCUGGCUGGUGUGGGGAAUGUUUUCUUGGCUCACAUUACACCAGUCAGUCAUCAGUUGAAUAUCACAGUCUAUUAGAGUAUUUUUGCAUCUCUAAAAGGCCACUAUUUGCCUUCCUCUAAUGGCUACUUCCUGCAGGAUAAUGCACCAUGAUAGCACCAUGUCACAAAGCAAAAGUCCUCUCACUUGUUUCAUGAACAUGAUAAUGAGUUCAGUGUUCUUCCAGUGCCUUUACAGUGGCCUUCCCAGUCACCAGAAUCCAGGAGAACAUCUUUAGGAUGUGGUAAUAUAGGAGAUUUGACCAGAAUCUCAAGAGAAUAUUUCCAACAUGUGAUGGAAUCCAUACCAUGAAGAAUUGAGCCCUGGUCUCAAAGCAAAGGGAGGCCCUACCCUGCAUUAGUACAUGAGUGUUCAGUGUACAGUGAGUGUAUUUAUCUCUGUGAAGCAGUAUGGAAAAAAACACACACACACACAAAACUCGCAGUCAAUUGUGAUUGCUGUCAUGAGCUGUGUCUCAAACUGAAAUCCAUGACCAUAUUUUUUAGACGUUUUUUCUACAUUUUGAAUACCCAGAAGAUCGUUAUGCAAAGCAGGCUCUUCAGUAUGUGUGUAAGCAACAUGAGAGUAUUUUUAUAUUCAGACACUUAACCGUAAUAAAGAAUUUGUUUAGUGUUAAUACUAAAAUCGUGCUGCCUACGUAGUAGUAUAUAAUUAUGUGGUUUGAGACACAGCUCUAGUCUGUUUAUGCCAUUGCGAAUGUCACACAACACUGCCUAUACUAUCGGUAUAUGUGGUAUACAUUAGUAUAUGUUAAUUAUUAUUAUUUUUUGGUUGUGUACAAUUAAAGCACCAGAUGAAUUCA